AUGGCUGCAAGUCGUGUACAGCGCUGGGCCGUUUUCUUGUCUGGCUAUGAUUUUAAUAUUAGACACAUCAAGGGGACAGAAAAUGGACCAGCUGACGCGCUAUCUAGAGUUUUAACUAAUGAUAUUAAUACUUGUAAAAACCAAAUUGAUGAGGCAAACUAUAGUUUUCUUAAUUUUGUAACGGAUGAAGCGGAAUGGAUCGAUAUUGACAUUGUUCGAAAUGAAACACUUAAAGACCCCGUUUUGAGUCAAGUUUGCGAAUUUUUGAGGCAGGGCUGGCCCGCAAAAAUCAAUGAACAAUUACAGCCUUUUAAAAAUAGACAGCUCGAACUGGCCAUUGAAAAUGAAUGCAUUCUAUGGGGCCAUAGAUUAGUCAUCCCAAUGAGCUUACAGGUAAUAAUUUUAAAAGAAUUACAUGAAGCUCACAUGGGAAUUGUUAAGAUGAAGGCGCUUGCUCGGUCUCACGUCUGGUGGCCAGGCAUUGACAAGGCAAUCGAAAAUACGGUCAAAUCAUGUGACCUCUGUUUACGGUUAAAUAGCGACCCCCCUCGCGCGUUACUUCACGUCUGGAAAUGGCCUGACGCACCGAACCAGCGCAUUCAUGUAGAUUUCUGCGGUCCAAUCGAAGGAUAUAUGUAUAUAGUGAUCACGGAUGCGUAUUCGAAAUGGGUAGAUAUUCGUGAGCUGCCAAACAAUACGGCGAACACCACCAUUAAGAUUCUGAAGGAAUAUAUAAGUAUAUGGGGUUUGCCAGGAACGAUCGUUACAGAUAACAGACCGACUUUUACGUCGGAAGAGUUCAAGGUUUUUCUCGAGAAAAAUAACAUUAAACAUCUACGAUCAGCACCAUAUCACCCCGCUUCGAAUGGCGCAACCGAGAAUGCCGUAAAAACUUUUAAAACUAAAUUCAAAUUGCUGAGUAAAAAAUUAUCUCACCACGACGCACUAUAUAAGUAUUUAUUUGUUUAUCGCACAACACCACAUUGCACGACCGGAUGUACUCCCGCCUAUUUACAGAUGGGAAGAGAAUUAAAGACUAGAUUAGGCACCCUCGAGACGUCAGUGCGAGCCAAGGUAGAAAAUAACCAGAUAAAACAAAAAUUGUUUUUUAAGGGUAACCGCACCCAAGAAUUUGAUAUUAAGGAUUCUGUUAUGGCCAAAGAUGUUACGGGAAAUCAAUGGCGAAAGGCUGAAGUAAUUGAUAAGAUAAGCCCGGUACUAUAUAAUGUUAAGCUCGACGAUAGCAGAAUCUGGAGGAGGCAUAUAGAUCAGUUACGAACUUACGAGGAUAAAUUCAAAGCCCCCACUACCUUCCAUAAGGAAAUACAGGUGCCACACGUAGCUAAAAACACGCAAGAAAACCUACCUCCUGUUCUACUAUCGACGACUCCAAUACGCGAGAAGCUACCGAUCACUGACGCUCAAUCGCUCGAACAACAUAACGAACCACCGACGACUGAUUCUGUAAUCGCGGACGAACCGUCAUCUAUCGGCGCAAACAGCAGGCCUGCGACCGUUGAACCUAGACGAUCAUCUCGAGUUCGUAAAGCCCCGCAACGCUUAAAUUUAUAA